AUGUCAAGACUACCAAACCAUACGUUGAAACUCAAAGUUGGGGCACCAGUAAUGCUCAUACGGAACAUUGACAAAUCCAAUGGACUUUGCAAUGGUACUAGACUGAUUGUCAUCAAACUAGAAAAACAUGUCAUCAUUUGCCAAAUGCUAUCUGAUACUAUCAUUAACCAAACCGUUAUGAUACCUGGGAUGACUAUUACACCUUCUGACUCUAGGUAUCCCUUUACACUAUGUCGUCGCCAAUUCCCUCUCAUACUAUCAUUUGCAAUGACAAUUAAUAAGAGCCAGGGUCAAAGUUUGCAUAGCGUUGGCUUGUUCCUUCCUCAUCCAGUUUUUACCCAUGGACAGCUCUAUGUGGCAGUCUCUCGUGUGCUUAGAAAGAGUGGGCUUAAAAUUUUAAUCUUGGAUACAGAUGGUAAAGCUUCUAACAGAACAAACAAUGUUGUUUACAAGGAGGUUUUCCACAAUAUUUAUGUGUAG